AUGGAACAACAUCAUCAGCUACCAGGGAGUUUCUAUUCAAAAAAGGACGAUUCAGCAGCAGCAGCAACAUCCAAUUUACCGCUUGCUAUCAUAUCAUCCGUACUUUUUCCACAUGCUGAAAGUUUUCUACUAUGUGGUGGUGAUACGACUCUAAGCGGUGGUGGUGGUCGUGGUGAUGAUGGGUCCACAAAUUUGCCUGGUGCAUGGACACAAGAGAAUAGCAGCAUAUUAGACGAGCAACAAGAUGAUCCACCCAAUACUGAAUCGAUUGCUGAGCUACGUCGUACGGUGGAGCAACUUCGAAAGCGAGCUGAGCAAUUAGAAUAUGCUGAUAAGAUGGUCAAGAAGGGCAUUCAAGUGGUAGCACAGAAACGUGUUCUUGUACAGCAAAAAUCGACAUGGGACUGGUGCGAUACAAGUGGCGGUAGUGACCAAGAACAGCAGGAUCAUCAGCUGCAGGAUCAAGUGGGUCCCGUGACAGAUGAAACAACUGAUGGCUGGGUGUGGGUAGAAUCGCAUCGUGUGGCUGCAUGA